AUGUUCAAGGACUUCGCUGGCGUCACCGGUCUUCAUCUCCUUUGUUACCCAAAGAGGCAAUUCCAGGCUCCUGCUGUGUCUCCCACUUGCGAUCCCAGCUACCUGGACCGGACGUAUUCCUCAGCACGUAUUCCUCAGGCACCCCGACAGCGGCACCCACGCAGCACGGAGUGCCCCGGGACACUAGUUCCAUGCGGGAACUCCUCCGUCCCUGACUCCCCGCCUCCCGCGGCCGCAGCUGCGCGGAGCUGGCCGUGCGCGGGGCGGCGGGACGGGGCUGCCGCGGGCCGCGCUGGGGCUGCCGCCGCCCCCGAGGUUCGCCCCGCAGGAGCCGCAUCGAGUCGAGCUCGCUGCCGGGCUCCACUCCCCUGUUCCUGCCUGAGGCACGAUACAGCCCGCCGGUGCUUCCCGCCGUCGCUCUCCUUAGACGGGACUGUGCCGGCGUUCCUGCUGCGGGAUGAAGAGGAUCUUCGGGUUCGGGAGGAGGAGGAAGGAACAGCCGCCGCCCGGCAGCGGCUCCCUUCCCUGCUCCGCCGGUGCCUACGAGCUUCGGCAGAAGGACCUGGGCAAGCUACACCGCGUGGCCGCCAGCGGCGACCUGAUGCCUUUCUAACAGUGGGAGCAGAGCAAGAGGAAGAUGCUGAAUCUCCCUGGGAUUCCGAGGUUACACAGGCGGAUUCUGAAAUGUCAAGAAAAUUGCCAUGUGGUGUGCUGCUCCCAGCUGCAGAGAGACAUGGAGCAUGCUCCCAGUUUGUUUCAGGGGAAAGUGACAAUGGCCUUUUGGAGAAACCCAACAAAACACAGCUGAAGACUCCCAUAUCUGCUUUGGAAAUUAAUGAGAUGUCUCCUGAAAACAAGCAGCAGAAAUCAGAUUUGUUGCAGGAAUUUGAUUUAGAAGAUGUUGAGGAUAUUGAAGAAACAAGGAGAAGCAGGAAGGAUGCUGGACCCCUCCAUGGAUGCAGUAGGGCCAGUUCUGGCUGGAGCUGUGAUGUGUGGGGAGGCUCAGAGGAGAAGCUGCUGGCAGCCUGCAGAGGUGACCACGGGACCCCACGGCCAGCCCAGGAAGAUCUCUAUUAUUUUGAAGAAAUCUACAUUUGUCCUGUUGACAGUGUAGGGAGAAGUUAUUCCUCACUGUAGUGCCAUCAGAGGAUACCCUCAGCAGGAUUACAUUAUAUGAAUGAGUUUGAUAGGAGUCACCAUGGUGAGGAAAGGAUAAUGGAAUUUCAGAUGGUGGAAAUUUUGAGGCUCCUCCCCAUCUAUGGGAUUUUAGUCCCAUCAGGGUUUGGGAAGUUUGGUCCUGGGCUGUGGUGUGUUGAGAAGACAGCAAAUGUACUCUGUCAGGAAGAAGAGGGAACAGUGGUCAGAUGAAAAAUUGAAAAAUGAAAAAUAUUGAAAAAUGUUUCUUCUGCUACUGGAAAGCUUCAGCACCUUUCCCUUCAACAGCAUCAGCUUGUAGGUCUGUGCUGGACUGCAUUAAUUAAAUGUAGGCUCUUUGAUGUUGUUGUAUAUACCAACAGUUCUUUCUGUGUCAAUUUAUUGUGGCAAUGAAGAGUGGGAAACUGCUAAUUUAUAUCACACCAGCAAAGUGCAUAACUGUUGUGUUCCUUGAAGUAUGAAUGUUUGCAGACAUCUGUAAACCUUCGCAUGGGACUGACAAGUUCAGGAUAAUACCUUUGGAUUAUUACCUUUGGAAUUGGGUGAUGAAGAAUAUGGAUGAUGGUGAAGUGCCACGUUUUUUUUACCUUUAUUGUCUCAUUCCUUCAACCCUCCUGGUGGUGUAGAGCUGGCUGAGUCUGCUCCUGGAGGAGGGAGGAGACAGUGGCAUUGUGCCUGUGACCCCUCCGUGCCUUUUCCUGUGCCUGUGACCCCCUCAGUGUCUUUUCCUGUGCCUGUGACCCCUCAGUGCCUGUUCCUGUGCCCAUGAGCCCUCAGUUCAUGUUCCUGUGCCUGUGACCCCUCAGUGCCUGUUCCUGUGCCCAUGAGCCCUCAGUUCAUGUUUCUGUACCCGCAGCCCCUCAGUGCCUCUCUCUGUGCCUGUGACCCUUCAUUUCACGUUUCUGUGCCAGUGCCCCCUCAGUGCAUGUUCCCGUGCCAGGCAGGAUGCCCUUGCCCAUCCCUCAGCUGUGGCAGAUGCAGUGGAGUGUCAUGAGCUGUCAAGAUGCUCUGGGCAGCUGGACUGUCACUGCAGUGUUGGAAAUGGCCUGGGUGUAUGGCCUCAGUGGGUAAGGAAAACAGAAAAGCAAGCAAAUCCACAAAUCACAUAAUUUGAAAGGCUGUUAGACAUAUGCUAAGAUUUUAUCAUUCACCUGUAUGGAAAUCUUGGAAUUGCCUUCUUAGCAUUAUUUACAGACAAAGUUGCUGAUAUAAUUUGUUUGUUAAUUUUCUUAGUAAUUUGUAUGUGGAAAGUUCAAGGAACUCUUAUGUUUGAGAAGAAUGUUGCUAGAAGUGAAGGAACUGCUAAAUGAAAAUCAUCAAGGAUUUCUAUCAUUUUUCAGGACCGCAAUGUUCACAUCUUAGGGACCUUUCCUCUCUAUUUUUUUUCAGAUCCACAUUCUUUCAUGGAAGAGCUUCCACUCAUCAUUGUGUUGGGGUCCAGGUGUGGGUACAAAUGGAAAGGGCUCUAAAUACAUGCAGCCUGAAAGGGAUGUAUUUUACAAGUGGAGUCUAUAGAAAGCCAUGUCUAUAUGAUGUUCAGAUGUUCAGGAGGGUAAAAAUACAUCCCUGUGUUUCAUCCUGGUAUUCUCUGUGAAACAAUGAAAACAUCAAAUGCUGGGAUUUCAUUUAGAAAUAAAUACAAUAUUAGAAAGUAAGAAUAAUAAAGUUAUAUUAAAUAUUUCAUCCUCUACAGAAAUAAACCAGCUACAGUUCAGGGAGCUUCACUAAACACAUUAAAUCUAAUAAAAUUGCCUACACGUACUCCUGACACUAGUAGUAAUUAAAAUAACUUGUUUCAAAAAACUGGUCCUAUACAUGAAUACUUAUUGGCAAUUAUUUCCAAGUUCUUCAAACCAAAGAUAAAGUAAUUUGAUUCACACACAAUGUUCUUGUAAACGUGGUUCAUACUGGGUUUUAUAUGCAGCUUAGGACUGUUAAUUGCCAUUUUGAGCCUCACAGUAAAAUAGAGUUCAAUAUGUCGCUUUUUCUGAAGUAUUGAGAAAUGUUUGAGAAAUGCUUGUCUUAGUCUAAUCAACUGUGAAUAAUUUAUUUCUGAGUCCUACUUUUCAGUAUAAAUGGAUCUGACUUUUCUCAGAGCUUCUCAAGUCUAAUCAACUUGUUACAUUCAUUUAAUUAAGGAAAUCUGUAGCGAACUGUGAAGUCUAAGUACCAACAGGCUUUUUUGUUGUGCAAAAUUGGUGUAUUUUCACUGUGAAUGUGAUUGUGGUUGUUUAUACUGACAGGUAGCCUCUACUAAAGAAAUCAGGGUUUUUUUUCUACACAUAUGGGUCACUAUGAAUAGCACAAAAACUGUUUUCUGAACUGCCUCUUUUGUAGUGGACCCACCACCCAGCUUCCCAAAUUCACACAGCAGUAGUUUUCAGGCAAUUCUCAUUUCUGGAAGGGUUAUGAGUGUUCUUCCAUGCCUCAAAGGGGAGGAAGAUAUAAUGGAGGUAUAACAUACCAGAGUGGGGAUAAUAGACUGCCUUUAGUCACAGUUAGCCUGAAAAAGAUCAUCACACUUGAGGAUUAAAACACUGGCACAGGCUUAUGGUCAGGAUCUGCAAGCCACAGCAUCACCCACAAAGGCAUGAGCUAAGGUGCUGAUUCAAAGUCCUGUCUGUUUCCCAACCCUACAUAAUUUGUUCUCAUUUCUCUGAGAAAUCAGCAUUCUAGGAAGGGAGCAGCUCAUACAAUAAAGGGCUUUGACAUCAUAUAUGCAUUUGUUUUAGAAAAGGCCCUAUAUUUAUUUGCUAAUAAAUGUUCAGAAGUCCAUCAUUCCUCUCAUAUUUAUGUGAUAUGAGGAAUAUUUUUUAUUAGAAAUAUAGAGAGAUGCUGUGGAGAUUGACAUAAUAUUUUUUUUUCUCCUUAUCCUCAGACAACCUCUUCAGACUCAGAAAAAGUUCUCAACCCUGGUUUAAAAUACUGUCCAGUGCUUAUGGGUUAUAAAAUGAAAAUCAUCAAAGCUGUCCUUGACAGGAUGUUUCUUUCCAUUAGUUGAUUAAAAUGGUUUAUUGUUGCCUACAGCAUUGUUACUUUAAAUGUAUUUUUUAACAAAGAGCAGAUGUGGCCAUGUCUUGCACUGUUUCUCUUUCUGUGGUUUCUGAUACAGAAGUGAAUCACUACCUUGGCAGAUCCUCCUGUGGAGAGGGAGAGAGAAAGGUGAGGAGCCCAGCAAUGGGCUGGUGUACCAGCUGGGGGGGGGGCUGUGCAACAGUACUACAGAAAGUUGGAGGCAAAACAUGCAAACCUUCAAGCAGCAAAUGUUCAGAGUAGAAGAAAACCCCAAAAUCUGGAAUUAUCUGCCUGUCAUUGCUGUAUGUUUGCUCUGACAAAGCAAGAAGUGGGUUUUGGCAUUUUUUCAGACUGUCAGCUCUAAUGUUUCAGAUAGAACGUGGAAGUGGAGAGUAGCUGAUCCUAAGACAUUAAACAAGGUUGUACCCCCAUAAACUCUCUCUACCCACUGCUGUUACAAAGAGAACUGAAAAAGUCCAAGUCUUUGAGAUGUAUGUUAAAUUUCUUUGUUCCUUGUCCCCUCCAUGUUUGAUAGGGGAGCUGAAAUCUCAGUACAAAUCCUGUUUCCAAAUCUAGGGGUCAUUUAUGUAGAAUAGUUAUAGAAAAGGUACCUUUAGCAUAGUUAUAAAAUAGAUUAUAGAAAUAGUUAUAGAAAAGGUACCUUUCCAUUUCCUAGCACAAUUUUUCUAAGGCAUGUUGUCAUCUGAUGAUAAUUGGGUCUUUCACUAGUGAAUCUCAAAUUAUUGGCCAUGUGACCUUAUUUUCAAUAAAUAUUUAUUUGAGAAUCAUAGGUUAAUUAAUUUCCAUUGUUUCUGUUUUAAUUCUAUACAUGCUUAUACUAUACAAUUAGAGAAAAACACAGCCACGAGUAAAUGUUGCUCAUACAAAAUGUUUCUAUUACCCUUUACUUUUAAAACCAUUAAUAGAUUAUUAGGAGAUAUAAACAUUGGAGACCAUGGAUCAUAUUUGCAUGUUAAUCAAGUCCAUGAAUUAUACAUUAUUUGCUAUGGAGAGUACUAGAAACAAUAUUCCUCCUUUCUAAUAUCUAUAAAAGCUGGAGGUUUCCUGGAGCACACAUCACAUGCCCUCUGCAAUACCUUCUAAUAGAAAGAAAGAAAGAAAUCCAGCUUUUCAAAGCAAUCUCUCACUAAAUGAAAUAGAUUUGUUUGUGUUGCCUUGCAACACACAAGUGUGACAGUUCAUUUUAAACAAAAUAGUUUUAAUAAUGUCAUUACUAAUAUCUCUUUGGUCAUCUCUCUGAAAAAUUGUGUUUUAAUAGGAAUGUUUCAUUUUAAUAAAUGGCAGAAGAGGCAAGCUGCCCUGAGUCAGCAGGAAGUGGAUAUACACCAGAGAACAGGCUGAUUGUGUUAGAUUCAUCCAGAACACUGAACAGCACACAGACAGUCCAAGAAAAAGCAACUGGCUGUAUUCAAAUGAUUAGUCUUACUGCUAUGCUGUAGCACAGAUUCACACAUUCUUCUAUUAUUCCUUGACCUUCUGCCAAAAACUCCCACUUCAAGUAAUAAUUAGAAUUAGUGUUUCCAGUGCAUGCUUCCAUCUUCCUAACAAACAGUAAUGAAAUGUGGCUUUUACAAAAUAUGUAGUUAAUUAAACUUUUUUUUUGAACAUUGUUUGAUUAAUACAGUUCCCCUGUGCUAGCCCCUCAUUAUGCCUGACUACCUGGCAUUGGUGAAUUGAAAGAAAAGCACUAUCAAUAGGAUGAGAGAGAUAUCAGAAUUUUGCACUUUAAAAUUGAUUGUGCUUUUAAUUUUUUUUUUUUUUUUUUUUGCUUAUGUCUUGGAAUAAACUGAAAGGACAGCCUUUAUUUGUAAUCCUGUUUUUUCAAGUUGAGGACAGUAUGUGUAUUAUAUAACAACUCUACAAAUACUCCCAGUGUGAAUUUGAAGAACACAUAUAUCAAGUGCUACAAGAUAACAAGUGGAUUUCUAGGCAAGCUUUUUGAAAAGGUGUCUCAGCACUGUAUUCCUUAAUAACACUAUGCAAAUAGAUAUUCUGAUUUCAUUUUUAAAAAUAUUAUUUUAUGCUUUUUAACUGUCUGCUUUAAUUAUCCAAAUGCUGAACAAGUAUAGUCUUUUGAUUGAUGAGAGUUCCACCCCUUUACCCACACCCCUGCAGAUAUGAGGCUCCACAGUUUAGUACCAUAAAUCACUGUGAUUGUAAAACUUAACUACUGUAUGAUCAGAGAUCACAUGCAGUGGUAGCCUGAAUAUGCAUUCUUCCUUCAUUGUGAAUGUUUUAGGGCUAAAUUUAGUCUGGAUGUUUGGAGAAAUAUCUGUUUCUUCACUUAAGAAAGUAAUGCAUUUUAAAUAAGCAAUUCUUGCAACAAUUGGAAAUAAUCACAGAAGUCUUCUAUUUGCAAUCUUCAUUAAUGUGAGUUAUUUCACCACUUUAGGAGAAAUCUUUUCAGAGGAAAACAACAAUUAAACCCCUCCCCCCAGGCUCUGACAGCUAAGGAUCUAUGGAUCAGCCAUUUUAGUAAUUAACCACAAUUCCUCUGAUUUGUGAAUUUCCAGAUGAUGAGGCAGGAAGCAAGUUACAUCUUGGAGAAAUUGCCCUCAGGAGAGAGGAAAAACUAUUGCGAGGUUGACAGCACAACCUUGUACCGGCACAGUUUCCCUUCCCCAGCGGUUCAAGGAGUUCCAAGCACCCUCCUGUAAAUCAUCAGCUCACAUCUAUUUAUUAUCUUCCAGCCCAGUGCACAACACUAUCUGUUACACACGGAUACCAGCAAUAUUGCAAGGUGGACUCAAGGGAUAAAAGACAGCAAACCCUGCACACCUCCUAUGCCUGAGUCACACCCACUAUAAAGCCAGGCUCUGUUCAUAAAGUGCAUGCUGUUGUCAGAAAUGAAACAAUAUGAGCUGUUCCAGUUCAGAGUAGAGUUUUUGUAGUGUUUCUCCAAUAUGCUUGAUCUUAUCAUCUUGAUAUCUUUGUGUUCUUAUACAGAGACAAAACUUAUCUGCAUAGUAAUGGACAAAAUGUCUAUGGAAAUAUUGCUAUUCAUUCAAUGAUUGUUGUUAUAUUUGGACUAGGCGCCAGCCUCACUCUGUGAUGCUUGUCCUGGAAUAUCAAUAAAUAAAUCAUAAAAGCCAAUGCUUCAAAUAUUGAAAAAUUCACACUUCAAACUGUGUUUUGAACUAUACUGAGAGCAAUGCCUCAGAUUGUCCUUUUGCUUUAUAUGAACAGAGGAAAUUCAAAGUAGGAGGAAGUCUCUCCCGGGAUUUGGCAUAGGGGAGUGCCACAAACCAUCAGCCUUCCUGUCUCUGCUGUGCCAACGAAGCCUCUCCUGGGAUGUACCACGAGAAGCAGACAGAGUGUCUGGGGAGUUAAUGUGGCUUCAGAUGAAAUUAUCUCCUGCAGAAUCCAUCUUGCCUGUUGUUUGAGUGCAUGCAAAGGAGACAGGCAGUGGUGAGGAGCCAGGCCACAGCAGGGCAGGUGAAGGCUCAGAGAAAAGUAGAAGCAUCUUCCUACGGCUCUGUAAAGUGAAGUUCUUUGCACCACAUACUUAUGCUGCUGGUGAAAAUGGGACAUCACGCCUCUUUUUCUCCUUCUGUCUGGAGCCCAAAUUUGGUAAGAGCAAACUCACUGAAGUCCCCACUCUGUUGCCCAUUUCACUCCUCACUAGUAACAGAUAUGUAAAUUCCGUGGUGUGAUUGACAGCAUUAAAAGGAGAAAUGAGGGCAAAUGUCCUUCUGAAAAGUACACUCUAGUUCAAGCACG